AUGUUGAGCGUGGAGCAAACGAUUCCAAAAGGAACCAAGACCCGUGCAUUUGUACCGUAUGGGUAUGGUAUGGAUCUGUAUCACUCUGGACUGGGCCGUGGACAGACGACUCGGACCGUCCUUCUUGAAACCGCAACCGGCCCCGCGGGACCAGGAUUCCCGCCCAUGGCGAUGGGCGCGGGACGGGGCGAAAUGUCGGUUGUCUGUUGCGAAAGGUCGCAACCCAACCCAAAUGGAUCAUCCCCGCUUCCACUGAUCCUGGGCCAGUCAGACGCCGCCGUUUGA